GAGGCUUCAUCCUAGCAACAACACAGCGUCAGUAGUUCUUCCUCGUCCUUUACAACAUGCAUCGUGCUGGCAGGUCGUUCAAAGUGCAGCCCGCUAGGGUAGCAGCCGUCCUGGGUGUCAACGGGCGCUCCCACCCCCCGCCCGCGUCUGUGCACGCCUCCAUGCCAGUGUCUACGACGGGGACAGGGAACCAUCUGACCCUCGCUUCCCCGGUCGCCCAAGUCACGCAGGAACGCCUGAUCCACGGGAGCGCGCCGGCGAGAGCGGAGGACCACCUUGAGCCCGCCGGAGUGUCCGUUCCUGACGCUGCCGCCCCCCUCGUUCACCCGAUCGCGCCCGAGUCAGAAGGGCCUGCACUUGAGAAUUUGAAGGAGGCUUUGCUAGCAGUAGAUAUAAAGCUUGCCAGCGCCUCAGCUGAUGCGUCAGCAGCAGAAACAGCACCUGCAGCCGCAGAGGUAGAAGCAGCACCGGUAGCAGAAGUUGAGGCAGCAUCGACAGAAGCAGCGCCGGUCUCAGCUGCAGCACAGGUGGCCGCACAGGUGCCAGUUGCAGAAAUAAUAACAGAAGCAAAGGCAUCAGAAACAAUAGUAGAAGCAGCACCAGUGGUAGAAACAGAAGCAGUAGCAGAAACAGCACCGGUAGAAGCUGCGGCAUCACCAGCAGCAGAAGCAGAGGCAGCACCAGCAGCAGCAGUAGAGGCAGCCCCAGCAGCUGAAGCAGAGGCAGCACCAGCAGCUGAAGCAGAGGCAGCACCAGCAGCAGAAGCAGAGGCAGCACCAGCAAAGCAAAAUCAGAAGCACAGUCCCCAGCAGAAGCCACAGAAGAGGCUGCCAGGGAACCACAAGCCCAGAAACUCUCUCUAUUCCAGAGAAUUAAGAGGUGUUUCUGGUAGUCAGCAGGCCAGAAGCUUCACCACGUCAUAG